GCACCAGACACAUCUAGGAACCUUUGCCUGACAGGACCAAUGACCACAAGAUGCUGUAACUGUUAGCAAACUUGAAAACAUACAAAGCUGCAGGAACAGAUAAGAAGCCACUUGUUCUUUAACAACUUGGAGUUAGAUUGCUCCAAUUCUUGAAGCAUGGCUUCAAGGAGUGUUGCACCUGUGAGAACCAACAGCUGCAACUUGUUGAUGAAAUUGAAAGAAACAUCACAAAACACCAAAAAUGAUUCAGUAUGAAAUUACAGCGAAGCAGAAUGGCUACAAACCAUGGACUUCAGAAAUGACAAGAUGCAGGUCUUUAUGCUACACGUAUGAUCAGUCAGUGUAUCCAGAAAAUAAUUCUGGACAAAGUGGAAACAGCAUUGCUGAUUACUUCAUUAUGGCCGACGCAGGUAUGGUUCAGCGAACCGCUACAGCAAAUUUGUUCUCAAUCAGACAUUCUACCAAAACAUCGAACACUAAUACUGUCUCAAGAUCAAACAAGACACCAUCACAUUCAGAAGAUGCGGCUGGGUGCUUUCGUAUUGUCCGGGAACAGCUUAAAGAUAAAGGAUUAUCAGAGGACACUGUCCAGAUUAUCUUACAGUCAUGGAAAAAAUCAGCUGCAAAACAGUAUGGGUCUUAUUUCAGAAAAUGGUUGCUUUUUUCAAGUUCAAAAAACAUUGAUACAUUUAAUCCAUCUUCGGUAAAAGUGUUGGAAUUUUUGACAGAAUUAUUCAAUCAAGGAUUAGGUGAUAGUGCAAUCAAUACAGCGAAAUCUGCUAUUUCAUCUACUUGCAAUUUGAUAAAUAACAGAGAUAUUGGUAACAAAACGAUAAAAGAUUUAUGAUAGCAUUGUUUACAAUAAGACCAGCUUUGACAAAAUAUGAUCAUAAUUGGGAUGUUAAUAAGGUAUUGCAAUAUAUUUCAUCAUUACCGAACUGUACAGAAAUGACUUUACUUCAGUUAUCUCAAAAAUUAGCAACAUUGUUCAUGUUGUUAUCUGCACAGAGGUGCCAAACAAUCCAUUUAUUGAAAUUGUCUGAUUUACAUAUUUGUAAGGAACAAGUUGUUUGUCAAGUAUCGGAAUUAGUUAAACAAUCUAAAAAUGGAUUACAUGUUAAGCCGAUGCAAAUACGUAGAUAUUCAGCUGAUCCAAAGUUAUGUCCAGUAAAUACUUUGGAAUAUUAUCCGACUGUUUCAUCUAAGGUUAGAGGGUCUGAACAUAAAUUGUUUAUUUCAACAGUUAAACCUUUUAAAGCGGUCACAAAAAGUACAAUUUCUAGAUGGGUGAAACAGUUAAUGAAAGAAUCUGGUAUUGAUGUGGAUAAAUUUGGUGUACAUUAUAGUUGUCAAGCAGCCUCCACAUCAGCAGCAGCAAUUAAAGGAGUUCAAUUAGAUUCAAUGAUGAAAGCUGCAGGUUGGAGUUCUGCAAAAACUUUUGCUCUGUAUUACAACAAAACUAUUGAAAAAUCUUUUUCUGAUGUAAUUCUUAGUGGGACAUAGUUUUAGAACACACCAUAAGAAUGCUCAAGAAUUGAUAAAUACAUGUAUAAUAAACUUUAGAUUAUACUUAAUGAAGGGAGUUAACUCUUAUCCUAUAGAAGAGAAUCUUUAUUAGCAGUUGUCUCCCUUAAUCAGUUGUUAUAUUGUUGGGUGUUUAAGUCUGCUUUGUUGAUAUAUACAUGUACUAACUACCUAUUACUGCUAUUGUCUAUGCAUUGAUGAGUUGUAUACAGUUAUAUAUGUAUAUUACUAUAGUAUUGUAAUACAAUUAAUUUGGAUAAACCAAAGUUUGGUGUUUUUUUUGUUAAAUUAUAUUGUACUAUUUUAUUGAACUGUCAAAUGCAUAUUGACUACAUGGGCAGUGCACAGAAUAUUUUAAUCUUUGGUUGAUUUUCGGUACAUUCCGUAUAGUAUACGGAAAGUAACCAGGAAUUAAAAUGGUUUAUAUUUAAAGCGUGCAUACGCAUGUACGCAAGUCACCAUAGCUCAGUGGUCAUCGCCAAUAGCUUGAAACCUGGAAAUCUAAAGAUCGAAACUGUUCAGAGUCAUUUUUUUUUUCUUUUCUUUUUUUUCCCACAAAUUUCAAGAAACACUUUAUACAGGUACAUUUUUAUGCAAUGUUCCCUUCAUUGUAUUUUCACAAGUAUCUUUUUAUGUUUUUAUCUCGUUUUGUUUUAAUUUCUCCUUUUAAAUAUAUGUUUAUGUUAUUUUUAUUCACAGUUCAUUUCACUACAUUAUAAAUUUCAUACAUAUAAAUUACAACUGGCUAAAUUCAUCAUUCAGUUUUGCUCACGGUGUACUGCUGUCAUCGGAGUCAUAUAAAUCAUGUAAACAAUUAAAAAUGAAAAAUAAAAAUGUUCUCCCUAAUGGGCUCGAACCAGGGAUUUCCAGCAUUUGAGUCAUGUGCUGUAACCACUGGGCCACAGAUACGAACGACAAGUACGUGUAUCACUUUCAAUACUAAUAAUGAAAUUUGGACACUUAACCAAAAUUUCUUUCCGUAAAACAUACGGAUAGCACCGAAGUCGGGCCGAAUAUUAUAAUAUCGAAUGCACAGAGCAUGUAAUGUAUGCACAUUUGACAGGUUAAAAAAAUAGCACAAUACAAGGGUAAAUAAGGAAUGGAGAAAAAUGGUUUUACAUUUUUAGCUCGACUAUUCAUAGAAUAGUAGAGCUAUUGGACUCGCCCAUGCGUCCGCGUCCGCGUCCCGAUUUGGUUGAGUUUUUGUAUGUAAGCUGGUAUCUCAGCAACCACUUGUGGGAAUGGAUUGAAACUUAACACACUUAUUCACUGUGAUAAACUGACUUACAAUGCACAGGUUCCAUAACUCUAUUUUGCUUUUUUACAAAAUUAUGCCCCUUUUUUGACUUAGAAAUUUUUGGUUAAGGUUUUGUAUGUAAGCUGGUAUCUCAGUAACCACUUGUGGGAAUGGAUUGAAACUUCACACACUUAUUUACUGUGAUAAACUGACUUACAUUGCACAGGUUCCAUAACUCUAUUUUGCUUUUUUACAAAAUUAUGCCCCUUUUUCGACUUAGAAUUUUUUGGUUAAGGUUUUGUAUGUAAGCUGGUAUCUCAGUAUUCACUAAUUGGAAUGGAUUGAAACUUCACACACUUGUUCGCUGUCAUGAUCUGACAUGCACAAAGAAGGUCCCAUAACUUUAUUUUGCUUUUUUACAAAAUUAUGCCCCUUUUUCAACAUAGAAAUUUUUGGUUAAGUUUUUGUAUGUAAACUGGUAUCUCAGUAUCCAUUAAUGGGAAAGGAUUGAAACUUCACACGCUUGUUCACUGUCAUGAUAUGACAUGCAGUGCAAAGGGUCAAUAACUCAACUUUGCAUUUUACAAAAUUAUGCCUGUUUUUAAACUUAGGAGUUUUGGGUUAAAUUCUUAUAUGUAAGCUGGUAUCUCAGUACCCACUAAUGGGAAUGGAUUGAAACUUCACACACUUGUCCACUGUCAUGAGUUAUAAGCACUAUGCAGGUUCCAUAACCUUAUUUUGCUUUUUUUAAAUUAUGCCCCCUUUUUGACUAGUAUUCAAUCAAUCGACAAGGCUGUUGAAUAGUCGAGCGUUCCUGUCCUCCGACAGCUCUUGUUCUAUAAGGAAAAAUGAUAAACUGAUUGCUCAGCUCAGAAAUCUCAUGGAAAAUCUGGUCACGUGGUAGUUCAAUAAAAUUGGAAAAUUAAUCGAGACUUGUUGAAGAUUGAUUAAGAUUUUAUUGAACUACCAGUGACCCAUAACUCUGAUUAGAAUUUUGAUAGAAUUAUGUCCCUUUGUUAACUUAGAAUUUUUUGUUUAGAUUUUUGAUAAAGUCAAAUAUCUCUGUUACUAUUAAAGCUUUUGACUUCAGACUCAAAAUAAUUAUUUACUAUCAAAAUCUGCACCAGGAAACACAAUUCCCAUAACUCUGAUUUGAAUUUUGACAGAAUUAUGCCCCUUUUUAACUUAGAAUUUUUGGUUAAAGUUUUUGAUAAAGUCAAAUAUCUCUGUUACUAUCAAAGCUUUUGACUUGAAACUUAAAAUACUUGUUUACUGUCAAAGUCUACACCAG